AGGCCGCAGUUAGUUGUUUGCCAGGUGAAAACAGGAACCUGGUGCGACUUGGGUGGGGGAGGGAUGGAGAGAGAGGGAGCUCAGGGGUUAGUUGAACCAGACUAGGUAAGGGACAGCUGACGGGGAUCCCAGCAAGAAAGUGUGAGUGGGGGAAGCAGAGGAAGAGGUGAGAUGCAACUUGGAGGUGAGUCCAAAGCCCCAGAUUUUACCAGCCACUUAAUUUUCAGUGAAGAAUUAACUCACUUAAGCAAUUUGUGUAUAAAUAUAUUCCCCUCCAAAAAUGAUUUGUGGCUCUGCUUGUUCUUCUCUGCCCCUAGUGGGGGAAAAAAGUGUUCAAUAAACCUUUUUACACCAAGGCCAGUAUGUUUUUAACUUGAAAUGCUGCGUUUGCCUUCUGUGUCACAUUGCCUAAUUGAAUUAAUUCCCUCUUGAGGAAAUAUUGUCCUAAGCAGCAGUACCUGGCAUUGUUGCCUCCUCUGCCUGCUGAUCUUUAAAAUAAGUACAGGCUGCAUGUGACAACUUGGCUAUUGAACAGCCAUGGGUGUCAUAGGUGAUAAGGCUCUUCAAGCUCAUUCUGAUCACGAAAGUGUUGCACUACUUUUAUUGUGCCCCUGAAAUGCAUUUGUCGCAGUGAGUGACUGAAUUGGAGUUCCUGUCCGAAGCGUUUUGCAACUUACCCAAGGCACCACAACUUCCUGAUAAACUGAAUUGCAAGUUGAAGUAAAGCAAUGUGGAGACAAUGAAGAAAGCAAGUCCUGAUGUUCCACAUGCAGGAUGGGUUCCAGGUUGUGAAGCAGGGUGGCCAGUCUCCACAUCAUUGACCAGUGGUCAGAACAUCACCAGCAGAAGAUUCAGUGCUGCUUCUGAUAGUGGAGACACUGGAAUAGGCACUUCAAGUUCAGAUAGCAUUGAAGAGCACUCAAGUGGAAUCUCAUCCUUUAAACCAAUCCGAUCACACAUUGCCAUCCCUACAGCUCAUGUCAUGCCUUCUACCUCCAAUCCCUCGUUAACCAGACCUGGAAAACAAGACAGAUCUACCUGUUCUAAAGGGAAUCUUUCUCAGACGUUGCCUGGGAAGCCUAAAAAUAUUUUUAUAUUGAACCCUUCUUUAGACAUGAAGGACCCCCGACCCAUCAGGAAAUGGUCAUCUCUCUCCAAACUCAGUGGACCAGGAAAUGAAAGUCCUGACGGUGAUGUUUCUGGCAAUGGGAACUUUGUAAGCAGCAUGGUCACUGUAUCAAAUUGUAACGCAAAACUCUGUACAUAUGCGGGCAAUGUAACGGAAAACUGUAUACAUCCCAACACGGAAUAUUUGAAAAGCCAAGACACAAAAAGUUGGAAUACAUCUACCAAAGAGUCCCCCCAGAACCAGUAUCCACUUUCUGAUGGGCAGUACAAAUUUGAGUGUCUUUAUAAUGCUGCAGGUGACUCCUCUUUGUCAGAGUCAACGUCUAGUAAAAAACACUCAGAUUUAGCAUUCAGUGCCUUCUCUGCAACCAAAGCAACCAAAGAUGCCAGGGAGACCUGUGGACCAAGACAUGGUUUUACUUCUUUAGAGCAUCAGCCUGCUUUCGGGACAACAGCACCCACUUCUCUGAGGACGCAGCUGUGGCUUAGCGACCAGAUGCUAGCCUCUACUCUUGGCCUUCGACCUGCAGAAAGAUCUUGUGCUAUCACUGGUUGCCAGCUCAAACAGCGGCAGCAGCAACCGUGGCAAGAAGCUGAUCAGAUGCAGGCAGGUGGUUCCAAGUGUAAGGAGGACUUUAAUUCAAAUGGUUUUAUCAAUUGGGUUGCACGAAUGAAUGAUCAGCUCAGCAGACAUACUGCAAGGCAGCCUAGAAAGAUGCACAAUAAGCCACCAUUACAGGUUUCAAUGGUCUUCCCCACACAAUUAGACCAAGACCCAAGUCAAAAGGAUGCACAGUUACAGAUAAAGGAGAGUUUACUAAGGAAAAAGGACAUAAUUAUUGAAAGCCAGGAGCAGCAAAUCUUCCAACUUCAGCGUAAAAUUCAAGAAAAUGAAUUGCGAGCACAAAGAGCAUUUUUGGAGCAGUGUGAACCAACACUCAUGCUGAAAACACAGCAUCAGCCUUCAUGUGAGAAUAUAAGACACACGCGGUUUACAGAAAUAUCCAAAGUGCUUGACUGGGGGAAAAAAGAUCUCUUGCAAAGGUUGUCUGCGGCUGAACUUGAAAUUCUACAUCUUAAAGAAACUCUCAAGAAAAACACACAAAAAUACAUGGAUGAAACAAAGAAAAUCGAAGAGAAGAUGAAAGCACGAGAGAAAUAUAUCAGCAGUCUGAAAAAGAAGCUGCAAAAGGAAUCAGAGCAAAGCUAUGAGCGACAACAGCGGAUAGAAACCUUGGAGAACUAUCUUGCAGACCUGCCCACCUUGGAUGACUUUCAGAUUCAGAGCCAGCAGCUUACAACCCUGGAAGAAAAGAAUGAACAGUUUCAGAACGCCUUCAAAGAUUUUGAGAAAAAGCUGGGAGAAAAACGAGUCCUUUGCAGAGAAAAGGAGGUACUUCUGGAGAAUCUAAAGAAAAGGGAGAAGGAGUUGGUUGCUACUGUGCAAAGCCUACAGCAGAAAGUAGAGAAGUGCCUGGAAGACGGAGUUCGACUGCCCAUGCUGGACGUGAAGCAGCUCCAGAUUGAGAAUGACUAUCUCAGGGAAAAGUGUGAACAUGCCAGCAAGGUGAUUGACAAUCACGAACAACAACUAGAAAAGUAUAACCUAGAAAAACAGGCUCUCGAGGAAAGGUUGACAGAAGAAAAGUUUGCCUCCCAGAUGUUUAGGAAGGAGCUUGGAGAGACACAAAGAAAUUUGCAGCUGUUGAAGGGCCUCAUGGAAGAUUUUUCUACAAGGAACCAAAGAGUAGCAGAAGCAAACUCUAUUUUGGAAGAACGAUCACCGGAAACUGAGAGGCCCAGGCACCUCUCAGUUGAAGAGACAACAGCCAUCCAAAACCUGCUGAAGGAAAUGUCCAUUUGUCUACAUGAUCUGCGCGCACUGUGUAAUAUUCUCACAGAGCGAGCACAGGGCAAGGAGCCAAACCUCUCACUGUUACUUGGGAUACAAUCUUUGCAAUGUUCAGGCGAUGAAGUUGAGAAUUACCACAGUGAUGAAUUUCUUUCAAAGAAGCUAACUGAUGUCUAUCAAUUAAGGAAAGAUAUUGAUGAAUUAAGGACCAUAAUAUCUGACCGAUAUGCUCAGGAUAUGGGUGACAACUGUAUUACUCAGUGACAAUGUGAUUAUCUUACAGCCCUUUGUUACAGGUCAUAAGCACUUCCAUUAAAGAGCCAUGAAGCAACAUUGCAGCUACUUUUCUGAAAGAAUGAGCCGAGAAGGCAGCUUUGUGGAAAGCUGUGCUGACAUAGAUAUCUCAGUUUUUAACCCCACACCCUAAUUUAAAACUAUUGAAGGUAAAAAAAAAAACAAAUGUAAAUUAAAGCUACGUUAUUUGAUUAAGAAAAUACUGUAUUUGAACCUAGUGCUACAACUAAAUAUGUUUACGCUAGUUGUUAACAUUGUAAGAAUUGAUGAGUUUUUCUCAAGACUCAAGUUUAAACUUAAGGGCAUAAAUGCCAAGCAGGCACAGAACACAACUGAUCAGGAAGCUGUGAUUUAAUCUCCAUUUGUACUGAUUUAACAAUUUGAAAUUUGAAGCUUUACAAUUUAUUAAGAUUGUGAGAACUGAAUAGAGCAUGCGUGCAACUAUUAGACUUGGUUGUGAUGUUCCAUUUUGCUUCAUCUUGGGUGAUUAGUUAUUAAUAUUGAAUGUUUACCUUGCACAUUGAAGAGUACCUAAUUUGCAAGUUACCAGGGAUGUGCAGAUGCUUUCAUACUGUCAUGUCUCUUUCUUGAGAGGCAGACUGAAACACUGGCAAACUUGUUUUGCUUAUGCCCCUGUGACACUUAGGCAAUUAUUUAGGCGACUGCAGGUGACAAGGCUGUCACCACAUGGUUGCCGGGGUGUCGCCUGUAUGGUCGUGAGUAGUCUCCUCAGUCGUCCGAAGAAUCGUAACGUUUUUCUGGUCACCGCUGGAUUUUGAAAUGUUCAACGACCGUGGGCUAGUUGUAGCUUGGCUUCUCCUGACGUAGGUGCUGUCGUUGGUUGUUGCCAGGAUGACGAACGUUGUCGCCGGUGCUGUCUUCGGUGAAUUCCAUUGGCGACUACCUACGUCAAUCGGCGACUGAAUCGUCUUACCUGGACGUCCUAAUGGGUUGCUGGUUGUCGGUGGCUUGACUUCAACUAGGUGAUAGGUUGUUGUAGACAUGGUCGUAAGGGGGUCCAGUCACUGGUUUUUCGGCGACCUGCUACAACUAUGA